CUGGGACGGCUUCCGGCUUCCGGCGGAGCCCUCGGUCGUCCCACGCAGCCGUCAUGGCAGCGGAGGAGAAGGACCCCCUGAGCUACUUCGCGGCUUACGGGAGCAGUAGCUCAGGCUCGUCUGACGAGGAGGAUAACAGCGAGCCGGAGGAAACGAGUCGCGGGGCCCCAGAUCCGGCGAAGUCGGCGGGCGGCUGUGGGAACAAGGCGGAGAAGCGGCUGCCUGGACCCGACGAGCUGUUCCGGAGCGUGACUCGCCCGGCCUUUCUCUACAAUCCGCUCAACAAGCAGAUAGACUGGGAGAGGCACGUCGUCAAGGCGCCGGAGGAGCCUCCAAAGGAAUUCAAAAUAUGGAAGUCAAACUAUGUACCACCUCCGGAGACCUACUCUACUGAGAAGAAACCUCCCCCUCCAGAGCUGGAUAUGGCAAUAAAAUGGUCUAACAUAUAUGAAGACAACGGAGAUGAUGCCCCACAGAAUGCUAAGAAAGCUAGGCUUCUGCCAGAAGGGGAGGAGACGGUGGAAUCAGGGGAUAAGAUGUCUGUCUGUCUGUUGCCUUCGGAGUAUUCUGACCCUCCUAGGAAUGGGGGAGAAAGUAGAACUACCUGCAUAGGACAAACCUGAAAAUGCAGUUUCAGUGAAACAUCUGCCUAUGAUGAAAAAGACGAGCAUGCUUCUAAAAAGCGCAAAGUAGAACCAGGAGAGCCAACAAAGAAGAAAAAGUAGAAAACAAAUGGCAAGAAGUUUUGGACUGUGAAACUUGUUGAAAUGGUUUUUCUCCGCAGAUUAAGUUGAUAUUGUAAAUUAUCAUGAGACAACAUCUCCAUGAAAGUACAUGUUAAUUAACUAAUGAGUGUUGCUGCAGCAACUUUCCACUGUAGAAUUCAUUUUUUAUUUAAAACUUACGUGUAUUUAAAACUUAAAUAGUGACUUUUGAUUGUGAAAUUGACAACACUUGGAAGCAUUCUUGCUAUCACAGAAUUGGUGACAUGCUUUGAGAGUUUGUCCCAUGUUGACAUGCCAUUGUUCUAUGAACCUUUUAUAAAGGAAUAUAUUUUUAAAGUUAAAUAUAUUGUAAUGUACUGUGAACUUGUAGGAUGCUUUUCAACAGUGUUUGUACAGUGUAAAUAGAUCAUGAAAUAAAAGUACCAAUAUUACUAUUACUGCAUAACAUUAACAUUUGAAUGUUUGUGACAAAUACCCUCUUUGCCGUGUGACAUUCUAAUAGUACAUAUCACCAUUUAGGAAGUGCCUCCUGUGUUCCAGGUGCUUUGUGCGUAUGUUCUCUCUGAUGCUCAGCCAAAUAAGGCAGAUGUUGUUAGCCUCAUUUUAUAAUAGAGAUUAAUUUAUCCAAGGUUACACAGCUACUGAGCAAUGGAUUUGGUGUUUAUUAACUCAGGACACUUGAGCUACAAAAAUAUCACACUAAACCACCUAUCUGCCCAUUGGAAUUUAGUCAUCUUCUAGGAACUCCAGUUGCCAUCUCUUCCAGGUCCUCUUCUGUGGUACCAGUGGAGAGCGCCUCCCCGAUUGUAUUACUGCACUUAUCAGAUAUGCCUUGUGUUCUGAUUAUUCAUUAAUUUCCCUCUUAAAUAGUAAGCUUACCAAAGAUAAGGGUCUUCAAUGAAGAGUUGCCAGGUGUAGCAAAUAAAAAUGUGAGACCCCUAGUUAACAUUUGGAUUUUAGAUAAACAACAAAUGUUUUAGUAUGUGCAGUAUUUGGGACAUACUUCUACUAAAAAUUUGUUUAUCGUACAUAUCAUAGGUAGUGGCAUCAACUGGUAAAGCCUGAGUCCAGUGUGACAGACAAAUGGAAUUACGCAGUUGUGAUUCUCCCAUUUCCUGGAGAAACCUAUAUCUGGAUGCAUGUAGUGGCGGAACACAUUACUCAGAAGUUACUGAAAUAUUACAAGAUUAAAAAAACUAACAUGAACACAAACCUCAAUUAAAAAAAAAAAGCCCAGCAAGCCACUGUCUGAAAAUCUUUUUAACCCCUUGUUACUACCCAUUGGUUCAACUCCUAAUUUAUAUCAAUCAGUUUCUGACAAAAAAAACUCACUAUGUCAGUCCCUAGUGGUGCUUUGCACCUCCUUUCUGGAAGUAACAGAAUGGGGGAGGGAGGAGCCACGGCUUCUUGGAGGGAGGGGAUGUUCCGAUACAGACAGGUCAGGUAGUGACUACACUUGUGAGAGUACGAAGCAGCCGUGGGAGGUGCGCGCUCAUGCUAGUGCAGGUCAGGCCAGCUUUGAGUCAGGAGGGGGAACAGAAUUCAGGAAGAAGGAGGUUGAAUUUUGAGGGCAGUCUGACUUGGCCGUUUGUAACUUGGGUUUCUUUUUAAAAUACGGCCACAUAACAGAAGGGGAAAUGAACUUGCUAAUGGGUUGCUGUUGCUUCACCUUCUGCAGAAAUAUCCCUGGCCGGAAAAUGGAUUUCCAUGUCAUUCUCUACAUCCAUCACCACAUUAGAAAAUGGAUUUUUUUUCCCCUUCAGAGAUGUCUUGGGGACGUAUUUUAAGUGGUACUAUAGGUAAGGAGCUGUUUGGUUCAGCUAGUGAAAACCCAGUGGAGAAUCUUAUAAAAAUCUAUGUUGAUAAGGAAAAUCGUCUAGCCAAGUUGCUUCCUUUUUAGAGAAUCAAGUCAUUUGAUAAUUUGUUUCCUCAUCUUUAAGAAAAGGAACUUAAAUCACAGCAGGCAUGAAGGAUUUUCUUUUGUGCAAGGGUAAAAUCUGAGAAAGGAACUAAGCAUUUGUGGGCCAUAUUUUAAAAUUCAAAAUAUUAAUAGCUUAUAGAGUUUUAUAGAAAACUUUAACUGGAAUCAAAGAACAUGACUGAGAAAAUGUAUGCUGCUUUUUAGCCAUUAAAAUACUAAUAUUAUUUCGACUUCUAAUCUUAACCCUUAAUGCUGUGUAGUGCUUUUGAGUUAACAAAGUUCAAUCAUAAGUAGUAUUUUAUUUGCCAGAAACCAAAGUGGGUAGGUUUCAUCAUUUUCAAAUUAAAGAAUGGAAAAUACACCCAUGAGAUGCAGCAAUACACUCACGAUGGGCUGAGUUAGCUUCAGAGUCAGGCUAGACUGCAUCCCAUUCCAUGCUGAAUUGACAGAGUGCCUGCUGGACGCAAGGCAUUAUGAUGACAACAGAGGUCUCAUCUUCAUUUUGGCAAAAUCACAUUGGUAGUCGUGGGGGGGGGGUGGAUAUGUCGGGUACAAAUCGAGUCAGAAAGACUGGUUGCUGUUGUCCAAAUAAAUGUCUGUGUGAAUUAAGGCAUUGGAGAAGAGACACGGAUUUGGAAACUGAUAGUGUUUAGUUGAAUAUAAUGGCUGAGUGAGUUUUCCUUUUAUUACGAACUGUAUACUUUUAAUUAAUACAUGAAUGUCGCAGUGCAGGUUUAGACAUGACCUGUGUUACAAUUCCGAUAGAUACAAAGCCCUAGCUAUUUGCAAAUGUAAUUAUUUUUAUAAGUAUCUGAAUGAACUCAGCAACUUUGGACUUAACUAACUUUAAAAUGUAUCAUUGGUGGUAUUUGGGAUUUUAGAGUUUUGUAUCCAUGAUGAAUUGCUUUCAUCCCUCCAUUAUCUCUUAGUACAGAAGUUGCAGACAUUCCUACAUAAAGGUGUUACACACCCAGCAAAUGUUUUGGACUUUGUGUUAAAUUCUAAAGUUUUCUUCACUUCCUUCCACAUACUCUCCCAAUGUGAGGCACUGCGUUUGUAUUUUAAUGCAAGAGAGAGAGAGCAAGAGACCUUGUAUGUACAGUCUGCAGAGGGGGAAUUUUGCCUCUGUUGUUUGUUGACUAGAACAGAGCACAGCACAUAGUGGGCACUCAAUAUAAUUGCUAAGUGUUGAUGGUAAGCUGAAUUCCUCACCCUCGGCUUAAGGGUGAUUUCUAAAGGCUUGUGUUUUCAGUUAUAUGGACCAAUAAAUCUUGAGAAUUUAAACCA